AUGGACAGUAAAAACGAACCGCCUCUCGACGAGAUCCAAUGGCGCUCGCCGCUGCUCAUCCAGCAGAUGGGAGGCCUGCACUCCAACACGAUCCUCUUUUACUUUGCCGAGUCGCCUUUCUUUGAGCGCACCUCCAACAACGCCGUCAUCAUGAGCCAAGCCAUGAAUAACAUGUCCAUGUACCAUUUUAUCCAGACUCGCGAAGCCUUUGAAGGGCGACUAAAAACUAUGUCUGGGCUCGAGUUUAUCGUCGGUGAGGAGCCCGCCGAGUCGGGGCCGGGUAUGGGAACCGGUGUCUGGGUCAUUCGCAAGCAAACGAGACGAAAGCGCUACCAGGAAGAGGACGAGAUUACGGUGCACGCGUCGUAUUUUGUCGUCAAUGAAAAUAUAUACAUGGCGCCCACGCUUGCAGAUAUUCUUGCAUCACGAAUCAUGACGAUAUCCUCCGCCAUCGCCAAAGCCCUCCCGGCCGCCGAAGCCGCACGACAAUGGCGCCCAUCCGGCGGCCAUAGCUACAAACCGCCGCCUGCCCCUACCUCCGGGCCAGCAGGCGCCCUCCAAGCCGCGCGCAAUCGCAUGCACGAACCGAAAGAGGGUACGCCAGCGCCUGGCGCCCCCACCACUGCAAACAAGGGCGCAGCAGCCGCUGCGCCGCCCAAUGUGCAAGAGCUGUCGCUGGAGCGGUCCGCGGAGGAGUCGUUCUGGGUACACAUGCGGCACGGCGGCGAGUACCUCGACGAGAACCCUAUUACGGGUCGGCCGGGCGAGUUCCAUCUGUCGUCAACCGGGCGCAAACCCGCCGUGGCGCCGCAGGUUGCCAACAAGGCGCCGACGGGCAUCAGUGCCAUGACGGGCCCGCCGCGACUCAACACAAAGGUGGACGAUAACAAGAAGGAGGGCAAGACGGAGAAGACGCCGCGGUCGGCGAUGCCGAAACCGAAGCGCAAGAAGAGCAAGCUUGGCGGCAGCGGGACGCGUACGCCUACGGCAGCAUGA